GACGUGGGGCCGUGUGCCUGGCCCAGGAGCCCCGCGUCAGUGGCCAUGGUCUGCGGUGGCGGCGCUGGCGGUGGUGGCGGUGGUGGUGGUCGAGUAUUCUGAGCGAAAGCCGCAGUGGAGUGGCUCAGGAGACCAUGGGAGGCGGGUGGUGGCGGUGCAGGCGAUAAGGGCUGAUUGGAACACGUCUGCGUGGAGGGAGUGUGCCGACUCGGGUGCGGUUCAUGGCCGUGACGACGAGACAAACGCAACGGGCCCUCCUCGUUCGCGGCAGCGGUCCGGAGGUUGCGAGCCGCCGCCGCCGGUCUUGGCAGUGCGAAGUCAGUGCUGCUCUCCAACUUCAAACAGCGAGACGGGGUCGAUGCGCGAUGCGGCGAGCAGCGGAGCUAAGCACGCAACGGCCGGCCAGGAGCCAGUCAUGUCACGCCCGGACGAGUAUCUUGAAGCACUUUGCGCCUUGCUCCUGCGCACGCACCUGUGGAGGUGUGUGUUGUAUGCAAACUCCAGACCGCCCCUCUGCCGUGCGCGUCUCCGUCUUGCUGAUGUGCCUGUAUUUCCUGCUUUCCCAUCCUGUGCUCCCGCGGCCGCACGUGCAAUUACAUCACACACUGAGAUCGCUUGGAGCUUGAGUGGAUCCCGCUAGAGCCGUCACCACCAUCACCCGUCAAUCACAAGCCAGCGAGCCGUGACUUGUGAAUCUCAGCUAGCACUCGCAGAGCUGCACUCGUUCAGCCGCGCGUGUUUUCUCUGCUGCUUGCUGCUUGCUG